CACUCAAGUUUUUGAACUGAGUUAGGAAAUAUUGACAAAAUUAUGCUAGAUUCUGUAGAAAGACACCUUGCAUUGAAGGAUUUGUAGAUAUGAGUAAAAUGUUACACAAGUUUCGCGGAACACUUGUUGGUGCCUUGGUUGGUGACUGCCUUGGAUCAAACUAUGAAGGCGUCUCCAGCACUUUACCAUGGGGAGAAGUUACCGAUUACACUUUGGAAAGAAUCAAAGACGAGAAGGAACCGAUCCAUUACACGGAUGAUACAGCGAUGACUCGAGCGAUCUGCAAGUCGUUAACUGAGGAAAAGAAGUACGAUAACCGCAGCAUGGCAAAAGCGUUUGUUCAGGAAUUCUUCAAAGAGCCUGAUCGUGGCUAUGGUGCUGCUGUCGGGACAGUCUUUAAGCGUUUGCGGGAUACGAAUCCCGAAGAUGUUACACUUCCGGCUCGCUCUCAAUUUGAUGGACAAGGUUCCUAUGGAAACGGUGCAGCCAUGAGGAUCUCCCCUGUGGCUCUUUAUAGUCGAAGUUCAUCAGAAGUUCAAAAGAAUGCUCAAAAGAAUGCACUCAUCACACAUGCACACAUUAAUGGAGUCAAUGGAGCAGUCUUGCAAGCAGAGGCAGUGUUCAAAGCUCUUCCCCUUGAACCACCAAACUUAAACACAGACAAAUUUAUUGAUGACCUCCUUGAAGUGGCCAAAAAGCUUGAGGAAGAGUAUGAAGAAUCUAGUAAAGAAAACGAAGAUAGUGGCCACAUUUCAACUUCUUCACCUCAAAAGAAACCUUUUUCUUAUUUCAAGAAAUUAAAAGAAAUGAAAGAACUGUUAAAUAAAGGUGAAACACUGGAACCUGAGACAGUGGUGGAAACAUUUGGAAAUGGGAUAAGAGCUGAGGAAGCAGUUCCCGCUGCAAUAUUUUCAUUUCUUCACAAGGGACGAGAGUCAUUUCAAGAAUCAGUUAACUAUGCCAUCUCUUUGGGGGGUGAUACAGACACAAUUGCUAGCAUGGCAGGAGCAAUCAGUGGAGCUUACUGGGGAGUAAAUGAGAUUCCUGAACUGUGGAAGAGCAAAUGUGAAGGUGUAGAGGAGGCCAUAGAAUUUGCAAACAAAAUAUUUGAACUAAAAGAAGAAAGAAAAGAUGAUGAGUGAUUGAAAAUGACUUUUGAGCAGUGUAUUACUGUUAAUUAUAAUGCCUCAAAAGCAAGUGAGGUCUCAUGUUCAGAAUACAAAUGUCAUCAAAUAAUGGAUUUUCUUGAUGUGUUAUUAGACUAUAACUUUUGAAAAGAUUAUUUUCUUUCAUCUGAGUAUGAGUUAUAUGCUGGUGAUCUCUCAGGCUAGUUGGUAUAUCUGAUCUGAGUACUUGACUUGUAUAUGUCUUUGUCAAGGGGUAAUUUUUUAAAGGGGUAUUAGCUCAAAACCUUUAACCCAGCGACACAAGUCCCUUAUUUCUGAGCCAAGGGAUUUGUCUGUUAGACAUAAAAAAACCCAUCAUUUUAGCAAAGGCCCAAGAAAAUUUAUCAAUUGAUUGAGUUUCUUUUUCCCAGUAUACUUUAUGGUACUAUAGGCUAAAGAGACACUUAAGUCCAUCUUUCAGCCCACUUAGGGUGUUCCAGUUCCUUUCCUCUGGACCUUUAAUUUGACAUUUAGUUAAUCAACCCCAAAUCAAACUUUACUAUAGCUGUAAUAUGAAAAAGUAACUCUCAAGUGCUUGACAUUCCCAAGAUGUACAUAGGGUGAGGAACCCUCCCAUAAAAAAAAAUAAAACUAAGGGCACAUUUUAAAACAUUUUGAAAAGAGGGAACCCUUUGCAUAAUAUGGUACAGUUUUGGAAAUGUGUGCAAGAUUUUCCUGGAUUUUUAAAAGGAGUGGGCAUUCUAUGAAAAAGAAAAAGAAACUGAGUCAUUACUGAUGCUAAUUUUUAGAGGGUUUAUACUGAAAGCUGAAAGCUCACCUUUUUUUCAUCCAAUCAGAAGAUGCUUUAUUAUUUGAAUUGAAUCUCAACCCUGGUUGGUCUUGAAGUUUUUGUUUGACCUGGAAAUAUUUUACCUAAUUAAAAUUUUUUUUCUUGAAGAGUUGCAUCCUAUUCAGCAAGUUUAUAAUAAUUUUAAACCAACAACUGUUCAGUUGCGAACCGCAGAAAAGAUAAAAAAGAGCUGUUUGUGUGCCACUUUAUUCUUCAGUGACCAGAUCAGUGAUCUAUUUGACAAAUAGAUUCUGUUUUGCUGUGUGUCUAUGAUGUUAUAGAUCACAAAUGAUAUUAAAGAAGGCAAGAAUAGAGAAGUGGCACACAUGCUGAAGGAAUAGAAUAGCAAACUGUGCAUUUUAGCAUGGUGCAAAGGGUUGCAUCAUAUUAUUGUUCUAGUUACUAAGAAAAUUUUUUUUUGCAGCUCCUAAACGGCUCCUGCUUAACUUUCUUUUAUGGUCUUCACUUGGUUAAUCCAGAGGGAAAAUAGAUCUAACAUCCACAACUUUGUAUACCUUUGUA